ACUGCCUUUAGGUUAGGGUAAUAAACAAGCUCACGGGAUUGAUAUCAGACGUUUUUGGCACUAAGAAGUAAGAAUUGCUGUGAUUUAUACAAUGGAUAAUGGAUACUUCAUGUGCUUCCAAAUCCACAAUCAUAAAAGAGAUGCAAGAACUUCAGGACACAGUGAGUCUGUACUAUCGCAGGGUGGAUGUAAUUGAAAAGAAGUUAAAAUCAUCUUACAUUUCAACAGAAGAGAGGCAAAGUCUUGAAAACGAGCUGCAAGACAUUACAAAGCAGUGUUCUAGUCUGGAAGAAUCCAUCAAAGGCCUUCGUAGAGAAAAUAGCAAAACAUUUGCAUUUGCAGUAUUAUUAAUGUUCUUUAGUUUCCUAGGCUAUGGGUUAUAUAGAAUGGUGUAUGGCCAUGAUGAUUAGGUAAGAUAUAUUUACAUGUUGAUCAUUGCUCGGUAUCCGAGUUCAAAAAAAUAUUGUUCUUCUCGUAAUCAGAAGGUUGCUGUUUGAUCUUGAGGAAAGUAGUUUUUGCAGUGUUCAAAACUGAAUCAAGCUGUCCUUGAUGUGGUAUUUAAAGGUAUUAAACCUUUAAGGUAUUUAUAGGUUUAUGUAAAGGUUAUUAUGGUAAGAAUUAUUUACCAUGGUUUUAAAUUAUUCAGAAGUAACUGGCUGAAGAAACAACUGAUCAAGGUUGUCAAUUUAAGUUCUUACAAUACAGUACUUGUUGGCUGAUAUUCACUGAAAAGAAAAGUCCCAUAAUUAAUCUGUCUGCUUGCACAAUAUGACUCGAGAAUGCUUAAGCACAUAUUGAAAUUUUCUUAAGUUGAGGUAUGACUGUCUAGAGCUGUCAGUCACAUUUUAUUCUUUAGAUGGAAACAACACACCAAGACAAUGAGAAGCACAUUCUGAUUCUCACACAUUAAACAAAUUGCUUGGCCAAGUAUGAAUGGCAUAACUUGGACCAGUACUACACAAAGUUUUGUUCCAAACUAAACCUAAUUUACAAAUUAAUAUAUUUUCACCCCCAGUAUCUUGAAACGUUUGCUAUGAACCCUUUGAAAUGCAGCUUACCACAUAUCUAUUCAUCCCAACAACUUUCACCUGGCUGGUGAGACAGUACUCGAGGCAGCUCAGCCAUUGAUAGUACCUGACGUCUACAACACUAGCAACUCUGGUUAACCCAAAGCCCAAUCAUUGUAUAGUUUUAAGCAAAGUUUUAUACUAUCAUUUCCUCGCUUUAUAUUAGUUAUUCUCUCAUAGGUAAUAAUUGGUUAGUUGAUUGGUUGGUUUGACCCCUUUGUUUCAACAAGUAAAGGUAGAUUCACACACAUUAGUCCAGUCACAGUUCAGCCUCAGUUGCAUCCGCAAUUUCUCAAGGCCUGUUUUGCCAGAAGCGUCUGAUACUGAUAAUCGCUCAGUGUAUAUAGCUCAGGCCUUUUUUGCCAGAAGCCUCUGUUCCUUGCGAUUAUUUGAUCAGAAAGUGGUUUUCUUCAGCUCUGUUUGUAAAAUGAGCUGUAAAUAGCAAUAGUGAAGUGUUUGUAAACUAAGGAAGAGCAUGAUGAAGAGAUUUUAGGAAUUUUGUCCAAACCAAGGGAAGAAGUACGUUCCAUGUUUUUAAAAAGACCUGUAGAGGGAUAUUAUAAAUUAUAAUAGAAAACAACCUUUGUUCUGAUGAGACAAAGUUUCACAAGUUUUUCUGGCUUGAUGUUACACAGUUCAAAUGUGUGCUAUUAGUUUAGUCGAAAAUGAUUUACACAACAAAACAUUUUGUCUUUCAAAGCAGUGUGCAGUGAUUGACGAGGAGCGAUCAUCGCUCAGCAGUCAGACACACCAGCCGCUUCUGGCAAAACAGGCCUUCAGUAAACUGUCCGACAGUUGGUUUCAGUCAGUCUUCUGGUACUUAAUUUACAGUGAGGUUAGAGUCAAGAUUUGAUUUUUUAUUAAAGCACAACAUUCUAUCAAUUUUUCAUCGCCUAUCUUGAUGAUUAUUACAAACAGCACUUAAAAUAUAAACACAAUUAUUUAAAUAACAAAAACACAAUUUUUUAAAUGUCAAACAUGUAAAUCACACAUGUCAAGAGUCCCAACAACCCCAAAAUAUCGGUUGGAGGAAAUCUGAAAUUGACUGCAGAGCGACUGACGGAACUGCUCCGUAUGAGGGUUGAUAGCGUAAAAGAAAUUUGUUGACUGCGAUGUGUCUGAACUGUGACAUACCGGAACUGAUGUGUGUGAAUCCACCUUAACUGGUAAAUUUAGAGGUGCUGAUUCUAUAAAUUAUGAAAUUUAUAGUUGUAAACAAUACUGUGAAAAAUGUAACUUUAUUAUAGCUACUGCAGUAAUAACAUGAUUUAUCACUAGUAUACUUGUAUAUUGUGUAUAUAUAUUUAAAAGUAUUAAUUGAAUAUUUUAUAUGUUAUAAUUGAUAGUUUAUGUAAAUAAAAUAUAGGCUAAUAUCAAUAUCACUUAUGUUUUUAUUUUACACAUAAAAUGUUUUUAAGGUGUUAAGACGAUGUUUGAUUAUUUAUAUUUAAUAAAUUUACAAAUUGGUCCUCAAUUUGCACUGUGUACUACUUACAUUCUUCCUAGUAUGGCAUCAUUUCUUAGAAAGUGGAUUAUAGCAGCAAGAUAUAGUAGUUUUUACCACUAGAAGUGAAUGUGGCUCUUUUUGUACCAAAAAGACACUAGGUAACUUUUCUUCCAUGUGACAAACAACUAUUUUCAUCAUACUGUGGAAAUAACCUUCUAAUCGUUACAAAAUUAGACCACAUAAUUUGAGGUUAUACAAGGUCAUCAUCAAUGUUUACACUUUGGUUGUUUACAAACAUAGCUUAAAUAUUGUGUAAUUAAU